GAGUUUGGUUCCGGUUGACUAAAAGCAAUACAGCAUCGAGGUAGUAGACCGGAAUUGAGGUGCAUUAUUUAGGAAAAUAUAACAAUUAUAUUGUCAUUAAGACCACAAGUUACUACAGAACUAGGAUUAUGUAUCUCAUUGAAAAUGAUGAAAAUUAUUGCUAUAUAAGAACUAAAAUGUUAAGCAAACAGGAUACCCUUGUCAGUUAAUCAUGAAAAAUGAAGGGAAUGAGAAUGUAUAGAGUGGCAAAGCCAGAUAGCAUGGUGAUGAUAUCAGCAUGGAUCCUAGUUUGGUCAAGCGUUAUUUGCAACGUGCGAUCUGAAAAAGCGACUGUGACAUGUUCCUUAAGCGGUACCAACAAUCAAAAUUUGAAAAUGUCGCUCAGGAUAUUGAAGGAGAACGAUACCAUAUCAGAUGUUUCUGUGUUCACGGCGCUAGAGAACGACCCGAUGUCGAGUAGCCCGGUAAAUGACGAAAACUGCCGAGUAACGGGGAACGGAGAAGUAGACACGCCCUUUUCUAUGACAGUGACGUUUGAUGCCACCUUGUUAUCUUAUCCUUGUGGAAUUGCAGUAAUCAACAUUAACGAAUAUAGACUUCGAGUACGAUCAUUCGAAUAUUAUGGAGUGAAAUCUUCAAGUGACGCAUUCUUUGAUGCAGUAUGUGACAGAUCGGCUGGAAGUCAAACCGUAGUCAUUCUGCCCCAGCCUGCGUUUUUGCCUGUAGAAAAGAAUUUGUUAAGAUUUGAACUGUUCAAUAGCCAGAAUCAGCCAGCUGCCGCAGUAAACCUGGGAGACAAGGUGCACUUCAAGGCGGAGUAUUACUACCACAACGAUUUUCGAGUGGGGAACUGUGGUUACGACUUCUGGGUGGCUCUGCCCCAGGACUCCGACUCCACCAGUUCUUUUAGGAACUAUCUGAUAUUUUCUCAUCGUCAAUCACAACCGGUAAAUGUCACUAUCACUGACUCAAAUGGCAGCGAGACUUUAGUAAAAUUCGUUUUGAACUUCAGUUCCGUAACGCUUACUAUAGAACCGCAUAUUGGCACAGAAAGAGUGACUGAUAAGUCCAUCCACAUCAUUUCCACUCAUCAGAUUUGCAUCCACUCUUUUAACUAUCAAUCAACUCUAAGUUCAACAAUAUUCACCGUGUAUCCAACAAACACACUUGGAAGAGACCACGUCAUCAACAGACUCCUAAAGGACAACACCAUUGUGAUUCUUGCUACUGAAAAUGAUACAGACAUAUCAAUUGAAGGUGACACACCUAAACUUGACAUUCCAGCCUCUCUUACCGGGUUGAAUUCAUAUGAAUCUCUGCAGGUGGUUGCAAAGGAACUAAUCACAAAAUUACGAAUCGUAGCCACAAAACCCGUGGCCGUCUUUAUGGGGUCCAAACAAACCACCGAAAGCCCUGAUGGGUACGCAGAACAGAUAACAGACACAACCAAGAUGGGAAACAGCUUUGUAUUCUAUCCCAGUUAUGGGGAGAUCGUCUGCACAUCAUUUACAGUCAAUACGGUGAUAAGUUAUAUCUGUAACGAUGGUUCAUUGGAACAAAGAGUGGCACAACAGUAUCAAAGCACGACAUUUACAGCAUCCAAUAAUCAUCACUGCAUGAUUGAAUCUAGUGCACCACUUACUUGUGGCCAAUAUUUUAAGACUGCACUGUCAGAUACAGUGAAGGGACACGCAUCUAUCAUACCUCGUUCUCUGUGGUCUACCCAGUAUACCUUUGGAGCUUUCGUGAAUGUUAAAUACGAAAUUUUACUAGUGAUUGAAGACGGUUUUCAAAAUGACCUCAAAAUAAGUGGAACAUUGGCUGGAGUUGUAAAUGGGUCCACUUUACAGUGGUCAAGCAUUCUUCGGCGUUCAGGACUUACCUUUGUCGGGGUCACAUUUCCAAUAGGGUUGGUGUUUGGACCAAUAAUACAAGUCUACCACCCAAGAAAACCUUUCCUGACACUUCUGAGAGACAAUCGUGAGUUAUCUGUGACGGUGCCCUCCAAGUCAUAUCUGGAUAAUGUCUGGAAAUGUAGCAAGACGCUAGGUUUUAGUGGAGACCUGGUAGACAGCGACUGUGAUGAAAGCGUGGAUGAAGACAUUGACAUAUUUUCAGGCUCAAGUCCGUAUGAUUUGAAGGGUUAUCCUAAAGGUACACAAGCUGCCGGGGAAAUCCAAUUUACAAACUGUAUAGCGAAAUCAAACAAUGUAUGGGGUGAUGGUGGAACUACUAUUACCUUCAUUGAUCAAAAUGGGUGCAUGAUGGGAGCAGAGAACGAUAUUUUCACCAUAGAUUCGACAUUUUCUGAGUUGACAAGUAAUCAGGAUUACCCAAAAAUUUUCUCAUCCGGGUACCUACAGAGUGCCAGGUUUUCUGGGAGUACAAAUGUAUACUUCCGGUGCCAGGUUCUUCUCUGUUACGAUUACUCUGGGGAGUGUUUCAAGGAUGCCUGUCAAGUUGGAUCUGGAUAUGAUGGAGACAAAUAUGACAGGAUGUAUGUGGAUGUAAAUUUCACAGUCCUGUAUAGUAGUGAAAAACCACUCCACAGCAGACGAGAGGUUACAGAGAGCAGCAGUUCUACGUCAGAGACAGACACGGACACCUUUGUUCUUAUUUGUGUCGCCUCAUUUGUUCCAUUGCUAUUGUCCUUGGUUGUCACAUUGAUGCUCUACAAGAAACUCGUAUACUUGAUUGAGGACACCAUGAAUAAGUCCAAUGACGUAUUUAUACAGGAGUCCAACAAUCUCAACAGGCUGUGAAAAGGACAUGGAAACUUUCAUCUCUAGAACAACCUCAACAGGCUGUGAAAAAAGGACAUGGAAACUUUCAUCUCAAGAACAACCUCAACAGGCUGUGAAAAAAGGACAUGGAAACUUUCAUCUCAAGAAAGGAAUUUCAGACUGGAGACUGAGCUGCUGUCAGAAAAAUAUGGAGUGUUGAUCCGAUCAGACACAAACUGAAAAUGAUUGAAGUGAUCGACUUAACUGGAUAAUGAUUUCUUUACGACUGUCCAAUGGAAAGUGAUUCAGUGAUCGUGAACGGGGUUUUCCUGUCCAUGCUUGUAUAUAAAUAUAGAAGGUUGUGGUUUGAUAUCAUAUUUGACAAACGUUGCGCCUAUUUAGAGCUUCAAGUUUAAAGUAAUUUGAUAUGUAUAUACUGAUAUUCGCUGACUGUUACAUUGAUGGCAACUAAUAAUUUAUUUUUUUGUAUAUAUUUGUUUUUCCUUUUGUUGCUGUUGAAAAUAAAAAUAACACCAUUUC